UAUCGUUGAAAUGUAACAUCCCUCUUGUCGUAAUAUGGUACAUGCCGGCCACCAAGGAUGUGUACGCACCAGAUUGUUUUCAAAGCGGUGAAAAAUACAAAGCAGUAAGUCCUGUUGACAUGCCAUGCGGCUCUUUCCGAGCAUGGAUCCUGACACUUGUAACGUACCCUGCCCUGUUUAUGGCAACAACAAAAGAGGUGUCCUAAAUAUAGUAAUGUAAUGUCGUAGCGAACACAUAUCUUUUUGUUUCAUUAUAUUGGCAAUGACGUCCAAAGGUCUGAAUUAUGUAAAACAUAUAAAUCAUCAUCAGCUGACGUUGUAAACAGGUAGGUGUUGUGAAAGGGGGUAGGCGAAGGGUAGUUAGGGAAAAUAUGUGCGGUAUUCAAAUCAAUGCUUUGACGUGGAGCUUAUGUUAUGCAAUCACGCAAAGCUUUGUUGGGUCUUUGUGAUGUUUGCGAUAACAAAUCAAAAAGGGAAUUCUUCCCAAUGGUAAAUGAACUUGUACUAUGACGUACGUUGGAGCUUUUCCUGUCACAAACAAUAAGAACUUUCUUAAGGAACGUUUUGUCUUCUUUGGUAUUUGGUAUAAACAUAGGAGUGCCCGAUAGGUACCUAUAAAACACCACACAAAAAUGUAGUGCCUUUCAAAACUUACAUCGAAGCUACAACUUGAAAGAUCACCAAUAUAUGUACACCAUGAAAGAAGUUCUCAGAUUUAAAGUCAUUUCACUGGCGUGCGUCUUAGUUCUCAAGACGAGCGUGGGUAUACCAGUUCUUGUGCCUUACGGUAGAGACUCAGAGCGCCUCACAAGAGGCAUAUCCGCGGACGACAGCGGCGUGGUGCGCAUCAGGCAGCUGUACUGCCGGAGUAAUGGCUUUCACCUGCGGAUUGACGCUAACGGGACUGUAGGGGGGACCAGGGAGGACAACCACCCUGAUUCCAUCAUGGAGCUGUUUCCGGUGGUGUACGCUGUCCACUCACCCUUUGACAGACCGUACAACGGGGAGGUGAGGAUCAUGGGACUCAACACCAGACUCCACCUGUGUAUCAACAACGACACGGGGCACCUCUACAGCUCGGAAGUUUCCGGACCGGACUGCGUGUUCCGCGAGACUCUAGAGGAGAAUGGGUACAACACGUACUCGUCCACAAACACCCUGUCAGACUCAGGCUCCACGGAACAGAGAUGGUACGUGGCCCUCGGGAGGCGAGGUCUCCCCAGAAGGUUCAACAUAACCGUAGACACAUCAGGGCCCGACCUUGACCCGGGACAACCUCUCGCGCAAAGGUACCGCCGCCGUCGUUAUCCUCCAAGAUCCGCCCAAUUUCUACUCCGAGAAGUCACGUAUCGAAUAGAAACUCAGUAAUGAUAUCCAACGCGGCAUUGCAUCUUGACUUGUGUCAUCUUAGAUAACAAGACUUUUUUUUAGUAAUUAUCAUAAUAUACGAGUAAUUCUAUGUCUUCGAUGUUACAUGCAAAUGAUAUAUGUACAGAUUUUGAUGGUACUGAAUUAUGAUAUCGUUUUAUACUUCUGGCCACUUCUAUCUGAUUUUUGAAUCUAUUGGAUAAUCAGGUGUUUUAGGAUAGAAAAGUGUAGUAACUUUAAUAUAUUCUAAAAUAUUCAAUUUCAGGCUAUGUACUACAUAAUGUGACGCGGCAUAUGAUUUGUAUAUAUUGUGUGUAGAAUAGUAAUAUUUAUGCAGCGUUCUUAAGAUUUUAAGAACUUAUAUGCCUCCACAUUAUCUAACUUAUUUCAUAGGAAGUAGGAAAUGUUGCGAUUGUACGUAUUACUGGUAUUAUUCCUGGUUGAGCUAAGUGUAAUGACAAACUUUACCGCUAGGUGUGAC